AUGGCGUCCCACAGUCAGGCCAUGCCGGCGUCCCGGCCAGGCCAGCACCGUUCGCAGCCGCCACCGCCACAAUAUCACAGCCAGCCGCAGCAGCAGGUGCCAGCUGCCCCCCACGGUACGGCACCACAAGGCACCUUUGCGCCGGGCACCAAGAUCCAGGUUGGCAGCCAUCGCGUGGUUAUCCAAAAGUACCUUUCCGAGGGCGGUUUCGCCCACGUCUACCUCGUCAAGUUGCAGUCACCGAUUGACGGCACCGAUCUCGCCGUACUCAAGCGCGUUGCCGUGCCCGACAAGGAUGCCCUGCGCAGCAUGCGCACCGAGGUCGAGACUAUGAAGCGCCUCAAGGGCCACCGCGCCAUUGUCACCUACUUUGACUCGCACGCCUCCGAGCUUCGUGGCGGCGGCUACGAGGUGUUCUUGCUCAUGGAGUACUGCGACGGCGGCGGCCUCAUGGACUUUAUGAACACGCGCCUGCAGCACCGCCUCACGGAGCCCGAGAUCCUGUCCAUAUUUAGCGACGUCGCCGAGGGCGUUGCCUGCAUGCACUACCUCAAGCCGCCGCUUCUGCACCGCGACCUCAAGGUCGAAAAUGUUUUGAUCAGCAAGGGUGGCAGCGGCAAGAGUGGCGGCAGCAGUGCGCGCCGUCGCUUCAAGCUGUGCGAUUUUGGUUCCGCCGCACCGCCCAAGGCUGCACCUGUGUCCGUGGUCGAGUGCCGCCUCAUGGAUGAGGACGUGCAGAGGCACACGACUCUGCAGUACCGCAGUCCCGAGAUGAUCGAUGUCUACCGGCGACAACCCAUUGACGAGAAGUCUGACAUUUGGGCGCUAGGUGUGCUUCUAUACAAACUCUGCUAUUAUACGACACCAUUCGAGGACCAAUCCUCGCAGCUGGCCAUUCUCAACGCCAGCUAUCGGUUUCCAAGUCACCCAACCUUUUCUGACCGCUUAAAAGCGUUGAUUGGUUCCAUGUUACGAGAGGACCAAGGCGUUCGUCCAAACAUCUACCAAGUCCUCAAGGAGUCUUGCGCCAUGCAAGGCAAGGACACUCCUGUCAAAGAUAUCUAUUCCGGCCGAUCACAAUCCGAGCCGCGAGGGGGCGACAGAGCCUCGGCCGCCGAUAAGAACUCUGUGUCUGCGCCUGUUGUUGGUGCCGUCUUCGCGCCCACAUCCAAACCACAGCAGGCCAUCCCCGACAUCGUCCCGAUGCGACGGGGUCGUCCGACAGCAGCACCCGCUGGCCAGCCAGCAACGUCGUCUGCCCAGAAACCGAGCGCCUCUCCAAUGCGUGUCACCAAGGGCGAUCCCUUUGCUGCCCUUGACUCCAAAUCGACAAGCCAGUCUGCCGAUGAGCUGUCCAACAGGUUUCCCACGUUGGACCAGUUCUCCAUCUUGCACGACCAGGGCACGCGGUUCAGUUUCGACGAUCAACAGGCCGCGGCCGGUGGGUCAUCCGUUGCAGCGUCUACCGAAGCAGACAAAACCAAGGAUUUGAAGCAGAGGGUCACUGAGCGUCUGGCAGGCGAUGCGUUUGUUUCCGCUCCGCAACCCACGGCCAACACAAAGUCGACACCGCAAGCUGCAGCUGCAGCUGCCACGGCGGCCGUAGCGGCUGGCAAGGUUUCGCCAUCCAUGGCUGGUAUCACGAAAACUGUAUCGGACCCGGUUCGGCCAACAAACCGACUGCCUGGUCAUAUCGACGCGUCCUCCGAGAGCUCCGCUAAACCAACAGCGCAAGUACCGCAACGAGCGUCAGAGAUGAGCCGUGCAUCGGCGAUCAUCUCUAGCACGCCUGAACUCCAGGCCAUUUCUGCGCAGCGCGAGCAGAAGCCCAAAAUGGUGUCUACAGGAACCAUGACGUCUCCCUCUCCGACACCGCCGCCGCCAGACUUGCCCAACCGGAUGCCACAGUAUCAGGUCUUCCGCUUCCCACCAACAGACCACCAGAACCCCAACCGCGCGUCCAGCCUUCCUCGAAAGCCAUACCAAGACUUGAGCGGUGGUGGCCCCGGUGAACACAGCCAGACGCCGCCGCCGCACCUGCGGACACAAGCACAGGCAAUGCACAUCCGACAUCCAUCCUCGUCGCGUCCGUCGCUGGAAGGCCAACGCCCUAACACCGACUCGUUGGAGCCGGUCACAACCUCUGUGCCCUCGUUGCCGAGUCGCCCUCGACCAACGAGCACGUACCUCGAGUCGAACAUGGACUACUUGCGUGAGCGCGAAGUGAGUGGAGGCAACGCCGGCCACAGCGAUUUCAGAGCUCCUUCGGUCUCGCCUCGGCCUGGCCUCGAUCACAACAAGAACAACGGCGGCAGCAGCAACUGGGACGAGACACCCAUUGAGUCAAAUGUGGAUUAUCUUCGGUCGAUGGAAGAGCAGCCUGAUAAUAAGCGCGACCGUGGCCUGGCCAAGAUGAGCGGCGGCAAGCGGUCGAGCAUGACGGCACUUGCAGGCACAAAAAAUCUUUUUGCUGGCAAGUUCGGCGACGCUUUUAAACGGUUCGAAACAAGCACGGGUGGCAGUAGUGGCAGCGGCAGCAGGGACAACAGGGACAACAACUCGGCGGUUCUUGGUCCUAGUCGCACUCCGUCGCCCCUGAAACAGCUUGAGCGCAACGACAGCAGCUACGGCGGCACCGGUAGUGGCGAAAGAUACCGUGGCGACCCCUAUGACAACAACGAGCUGCCGCUCGAGGUGACGGACGACAUGCCGCCCGAGGUACGUCGUGAAAUUGAGCGUCGUCGUCUGUCGAUGGAGGAGAAGCGCGUGGCUGCUGCGGCUGCCGAAUACCGCCAGCGCCUGGCCAGGGUGGACACGGGCUCCACCUCGCUCUCACGGACGACAACCAGCUCCAGCGGCGCGCCUGCACCCAUGCCGCUCCCCAAGAGCAUGCCCAAGAGCAUUGGCGGUGUGUCGCGUGCUGUGUCGAUACAGAACCGCGUGCAGAACCUGUUGAGCGAGGCGCGGUCAUCGGCGCCGGCAACCCGUACUGCUUCGGGUUACGGCCACUUUACGGACGACGGCAGCAAUGCCAGUGGUGGCGGUGCUGGUGUUGGCCGGUCGGAUUCGGUUGCGCGCUCUGCACCCGUCGCCAACGCUCGCGGUAGUUUCGACGAGCGGCCCGAAGUGCAUAGGAAGCCUGUCCUCGUGGGCCGGAAUUCAAUGACAAUAUCCGACGACCACCACGGUGGUCCUCCGCCACCUAAACCGUCGGCCAAGCCGAAGCCCAUGCAUCUCAACAAGCCUCUCCCACUGAUCGGCAAGAACAGCAACAGCAACGCACAGCCGGGCUCGCCGAAUGCGGCCUACCCUGCGUCGCAACCCGUCAACGCACGCAGUGCGGCUACUCUGCCAAGCAAGACCGGCGCUUCGGGAUCGCAGUCAGCCUUGAUGGCGCCGGAUCUGCCUGGCCAGCCGGUGCUCGAAGGCAUGUCGGUUCAGGACCGGGAUGACUAUAUCCGCGACUUUACACGGCGGUUCCCGAGCCUGACGUCGAUUGAGAUGGUGGAGCGGGACCUGUCUGCCGAGGACGCGCAUCGGCAGUGA